UACUUACGCAAAACUUGUUUAGCCAUAUAAUUUCCUACACGUACGCAUUCUUGUUGCUUUACGUUUUUUCCCUCUGCUUUAACUGUAGCUUGAAACUCGGCGGGAAGAGAUCUAACACUAAGGUUUUAAUUUCUUUCUGCAAAGAUGAUUCGAGGGGUUGCAUCCUUUCGCAAAUUAUUUCAAUCUUCAGCUUUAUCUUCAAAGGUUGCAGCAAGGUAUUAUACGGCUCAGGCUGCUGUACAGCCAGCAAAUUACAGUAGCGAUGAGGAGUUUGCUGAUAUUGACUGGGACAAUCUUGGAUUCCAUUUGAUGCAAACUGAUUAUAUGUACGUUACAAAAAGCUCUGAAGACGGAAUAUUUAAACAAGGCCAGCUUAAUCGUUAUGGAAAUAUCCAAUUAAGCCCCUCUGCUGGUGUCUUGAACUACGGACAGGGGUUAUUUGAAGGUACAAAAGCCUAUAGAACAGAGGAUGGACGAGUAUUUCUAUUUCGCCCUCAACAGAACGCAAUUAGAAUGCAAAUUGGUGCAGAGAGAAUGUGCAUGCCAGCUCCUUCAACUGAUCAAUUUGUCGAGGCUGUUAAGCAAACGGCUCUCGCUAAUAAGCGUUGGAUUCCUCCUCCUGGAAAAGGGUCACUUUAUAUUAGGCCUCUGUUAAUAGGCAGUGGACCCAUUUUGGGUUUGGCUCCAGCACCUGAGUGCACUUUUCUUGUCUAUGCUUGCCCUGUGGGAAAUUAUUUCAAGCAAGGAACAGCGCCAUUGAACUUGUAUGUAGAAGAAGACUUUCAUCGUGCCUCACGUGGUGGAGCUGGCGGAGUCAAAAGCAUUACUAACUAUGCUCCGGUUUUAAAAGCGAUGAAGAAUGCGAAGGCGAAAGGAUAUUCAGAUGUACUAUAUCUUGAUGCAGUAAAUAAGAAGUAUAUUGAAGAAGUCUCUUCUUGUAAUAUUUUCCUUGUCAAGGGAAAUGUACUCUCAACUCCAAUAGCCAGAGGAACAAUUCUUGAAGGAAUAACGAGAAAAAGUAUCAUGGACAUUGCCCUUGAUCUUGGAUAUACGGUUGAAGAACGUUUAAUUGAAGCUGAUGAACUAAUUAGUGCUGAUGAAGUAUUUUGCACGGGAACUGCAGUUGGUGUUGCUCCUGUUGGAAGUAUCACUUACAAAGGCCAAAGGAUUGAGUAUAAAAUAAGCUCAGACCAGACAUGCAAGAAAUUUUAUUCUAGAUUAGUAGGGAUUCAAAAAGGUGUUAUCAAGGAUGAAAGAGACUGGGUCGUGGAGAUUGAAUGAUCUUAAUUUUUUAUAUUAUUUUUUUGCAUGAACAAGCUGUAUAUGAUUAUCUACAAAAAAAAAAAAAAAUGUACUAAUAAUCAUUGAUGAUAUAUCAAA